CUAAAUAUGGAGACGUAUUCAACUUACGAAUCGCUCCGCCAACAUUUUGAGGCAUUGGCCAGGGCGGGGUAUUUUAAAAUCGUCAUGAAAGAUGUUUCACGGACGAAACGAUUGUUGCAUGAUUUUUACAGAAGUGUGGUCUGGUUUCUAGUGAUCUUGUAUAACAUACAGCAUGUUAUUAGCGUUUUUCAGGCUCGCGGAGACACUGGAAAGUUGGCGGACACUUUGUUCAUCCUGCUCACUACCCUGGGCUGCCUGGGCAAGCAGGCUGCCUUCAACCUGCGCAGUCGGCGCAUCGAACGCCUCCUCUCUAUUGUCAAUGGGCCAUUAUUUGCCGCUACGACUCCGCACGACAUCGAAGUAUUGAAACAAAACGCGCUUAACAUGAGCCGUAUCCUGAAAUUAUACCAGGUGUCUGUCAUUACGUGCGGCACCACCAUGGCAAUAUUCCCCUUUUUCAACCGGGCGCAGGGAAAGCAGGUGCAGUUCACUGGAUACGUACCCAUUGACACGAAGUCACCUACGAUAUUCACUAUAAUCCUCCUCUACAUGACCUUCAGCGUGACUUUCCAAGGGUACGCCAAUGUCAGCCAGGACUGCACUAUUGUCGCUUUCUACGCGGUCGCCCGGGUUCAAAUUCAGAUGCUCAGGUACAACUUGGAGCAUUUGGCUGACGGAAGCAACCAGGAUAACAAUAUGUUGAAUGAAGAUAAAAGUGGUGUGUUACAGCGUCGGCUGGGGAAAUGUGUGGAGCAUUAUCGUCAGAUAGCGUGGUUUUGCAAAGAAAUCGAGUCAAUUUUCUUCGAAGCCUUGUUUUUUCAAUUUCUUAUAAUGGCCUGGGUCAUCUGCAUGACCGUUUAUAAGAUCGUUGGGUUGAACCUGUUGUCAGUGGAGUUCGUGUCAAUGUUGGCAUACCUCAUGUGCAUCCUGGCGCAGUUGUUCCUCUACUGUUAUUACGGGACUCAGUUCAAAAAUGAAAGUGGCUACAUCAACCAGUCUGUAUACUUCUCUAACUGGAUGUCUUUGAGCCCGGCCUUUCGCCGUCAGCUGCUGGUCAUCAUGGAGUACUGCCUCCCCCCCAUUACUCCCAGCAUAGCGUAUGUGGUGCCUAUGACCUUGGAGACUUUCAUUUCGGUGCUCCGAUCUUCGUACACAUUAUUUACGGUUUUAGAUCGGCAAUAACUUAACAUUUAUCUACACAAAUUAUCAAAAUAG